AUGGGUUCUACCAGAAUGCUACAAACGAGUCUCCCGUACAAGCGUGUUGUGGAUCUGGCCUUCAAGAAGUUCAAACCUACAAAGUUGAACCCUUCGAGCCCGUCAAACCCAGUAGUUGUGAACUUACAUGGGCUUUUCGGGUCAGGGCGAUCUUUCUCGGCCGUAGGCAGAAGAAUGGCUCAAGAUUUAAACACUGAGGUGUACAACUUAGAUCUCCGAAAUCAUGGCCAGUCACCAUUGGCGAGACCCUACAACUACCUCACACUAACGGAGGACGUCGUGAAUUUUUUGCACCACCAAUUUGGCGGGGAAAGGCCUAUUUCUAUUGUCGGCUUUUCGUUGGGGGGCAGGGUCGGGUUGCUAACAACUCUGUCGCGCAGGAUCAACAUCGUAAAGUGCAUAUCAAUUGACAUGCCUCCAUACAGAGUAUCAUCUCUCAGCGAUGUCAUCAUGCAGAACUACAGCACUAUGCUCAAACUCUGUGAUAGAACUCUGAGGGUUGAGAAAGGCGUCAAAAGCUGGAAAGACGACAUCCUCAAGGUUUUUCGAGCUUUGCCCGCAAACACUGAUCCGGGAGUUGCCCUGUACUUUGCCCAGGGGUUUUUGGAAGUCAAGAAAAAUGAAGAACCUUAUGAUCCAGCUACAGACGUCGACCCUUACGUCGAUUAUAAAUUACCACUAUGUGAGAUGACAGAUCUAAUAGAUAUUGUGAAGGAUUGCCCAGCAAUAGAAAUGCUAGAACCGGGAAAAUUCAAACGCACAACUCAAGCAUCUGUUCUUUUCAUGCGCGGCCUCCAGUCUCCCUUAUUUCGUGAUUCGUUCAGCGCAUUGAGUGACUUCUAUCCUAACCACUCGGUGGUUGAAUUCAAUACGGGACACAUUAUUAUGAAUGAAGCGCCUGAGCAAUGCUAUAAAUCGUGCAUCGAGCAUCUGAAAGAUUAG